CAAUCUUUUCAAAGAAAACAGAAUGCAACAAUUAAUUCGGUGGUUUUCUUUAAAAAUUAAAUGUGUGAACGAAAAAUUAAAUCGUGUGUUCAUCCCAACGAACGUGUACGGUGGGCGAUUUUCAAAAAACCCGCCAAACAAAACGAGCAGAUGCCGAUGAGGCGGCGUCCGAAGGGGGCCAGGCGCAAGUCUGGCGACAACCACGUUCAGUUUCCGCGAUCGAGCCAACCGACAAUACCUCCGCCGGUAAAAAACGGUUAACGGCGCCAGGAAACCGAAAACAACACGAAUCUUUGACGUUUUUAUUAAAACAGCGAGGCGAUAUUUGGCCCCCUUUUUUGAUUACGAUUGCGUUCCUAAUUUUUUUUAGUGCGUGCGUGUACCCGGAGUGAAAAAAAUAUGGGCACGGUCGACGAUUGGAGAGGUUACGCAACGAUUUGUCGUCUGUGCUUACAACGAGAUGGUUUUAUGCUCGGAAUUUUCAAUCAUAUACAAGGAAAAGAAAAAAGUAUUUAUAAAAAAAUUAUGGAUUGUACAGCUUUAGAGAUAUCGUUUGGAGAUGGUUUACCAACAAGCAUUUGCCACCGUUGCCUUUAUAAAAUAGAAUUUUGCCUGGAUUUCCGGCAACAAUGUUUCGUAUCAGAUGCAACACUUCGUCAAAUAAACGGUUUGAAUUCAAAGCACCUGGAGAAUGCGACAACCGGAGCUGGUUAUAUGAUGGCAGAGAUCCCACCAGGAAAUGAGGACGACGUUGUGAUGGUCGUCGACCCACACGCCCUAGAUUACGAUUCCGAAUAUGAUACAGACAACAAUGAUGUUGUUGAGAAUGUUGAAAACGUUGAAAAUGGGUUAGAAGUAAACGAUUUGCAAGAAUUUAGAAACGUUUUUUUAUGUAAAUAUUGUGAUAGGGCAUUUACUGAAAAAUCAGAGUGUAAUUUGCAUGAAAACUCAGAACAUAACGUAAAUGUUCCAUAUGAUUGUGCGGUUUGUGACAUGACUUUCGCUGAUAGGAUUAAUUAUUCGGCACAUUUAAAAAGUGUUCAUCAAAACGACAAACCCUACAAUUGCCCGCAAUGUGAAAGAAAUUUCUCAAGAAGAUCAGAUUUAAGAAAACACACCGUUGUCCACACAGGAAUAAAACCAUUCACCUGUUCAAUUUGUUAUAAAUCAUUUUCAAGAAACACAAAUUUAUCGAAACACAUGAGGAUCCACUCCGGACAGAAACCUUUUGUAUGUCAAAAGUGUCCGAAAACUUUCAUAUCGAAAGGAGAUCUCACAAGACAUACCAUAAUUCAUUCAGGACAGAAACCAUUUUCAUGUAAUUAUUGUAAUUUAAGUUUCGGGCGUAGAGAUAAAUUACUUCGACACGAAAAAAAACAUUAUAACCAAGAAUCAAAAGAGAAUUCUGAAGAUUUUUGUAAUUUAAACUUAACGAAUUUUGACGCAUUAGAAAAUUCACAAACUAUAAACGAAGAAAACGAAGAAAAAUCUGAAUGGCCAAGCUCUGAAAACAUGGUAAUUAAUCUCGACCCAUUCAAUAAUUACCACAACACAUCAGGAACCCCACCUCAUCAUCAACCCGAAAUCAAUUCCAACAUAAAUUUAAACUUACCGUUCAACGAUGAUUUUCCACAAACGCAAAUUGAAAAUUCACAUGAAAGUUUUUCAAUUUUAGAUGGAGAAAAUAGAGAUCUCCCGCAAAUUCCGGAACACAUAACCGGAGAUAGUUUUACAAAUAGUCCACCAAAUACAAAUUCGUUUGAUGAUACCGAAAAAGUGAAACGGUUUCCUUGUUAUACAUGUCAUAAACGUUUCUCCAGUUUCGAGGGAUUAAAAAUUCAUAUGCAAAUGCAUUCCGGAAAUAGACCCCAUCAUUGUAAUAUUUGUAAUAAAUCUUUUAUGAGAAAACGCGAACUUGAUAGGCAUAUUGCCACUCACACGGGCAUGAAACCUUUCAAAUGUACGAGUUGUGAUAAAAGGUUUGGAAGAAAGGAUAAGUUAAUUAGGCAUAUGAGGAUACACGAGGUGAAUCGGGAACAUAUUUGUGUGAUUUGUGGGGCGACUUUUAAUCGUAAGGAUGGGUUAACUCAUCAUAUGAAGACUCAUGUUAAAGAUGAGAGCGAAAUUUUGACCAAUAAUAUUUAAAAGAAUUCAAAAUUGAUGUGAAAUUUGGUUUUUUAAG